CCUGCCGAGACGCACCUCGGCCAGAAACGUAUAGACAUCCACAGCGCUUGGUUCCGCUGUGAAAAUGGCCUCUGCUGCUCGUCUACCCUAGACAUACCAGAUGAGCUGCUGCUGUCUCCUGGAGUCGGCCAACCCUGUCUGAAACACCACCCGGGAAUAUCAGGGAGUUUUUGCGGUACUCAGAGGAGUGACGAGGCAGAAAAAUAAUGCCACAUUUCCUGUGGCCAGAGCCGUUGUCACCCGCUCAACUAAAGCGGCUGGAGGAGCAUAAAUACAGCGCCUCCGGUAGAUCCCUAUUUGAGCCGCCGUGUCAGAUCUACUGGAACUGGCUCGUCCAGCAGAUACCGACAUGGAUCGCACCAAAUACACUGACUAUUGUUGGACUGCUGGUUAAUGUCCUCUCCACGUUGGUGCUUGUGUAUUAUUGUCCCACGGCAACAGAAGAGGCUCCAUCAUGGGCUUUCAUCCUGUCGGCUCUGGGGCUGUUCAUCUACCAGUCUCUGGAUGCUAUUGAUGGGAAACAGGCCAGGAGGACAAACAGCAGCUCAGCCCUUGGUGAGCUCUUCGACCACGGCUGUGAUGCAGUCUCCACAGUCUUUGUUGCUGUGGGAACGUGCAUUUCAUGUGGAAUAGGACAAUAUCCAAACUGGACUUUCUUCUGUGGUUUUAUUGGGAUGUUUAUGUUUUUCUGCGCCCACUGGCAGACCUAUGUGUCCGGGACACUCCGCUUUGGCCUGGUUGAUGUCACAGAGGUGCAAUUCGCCAUCAUAAUCAUGUAUGUGAUGUCAGCUUUCGGAGGCGUGAGCCUUUGGCAGUACACGUUGCCCAUCAUCGGACUGAAGCUGUAUGCCUUCCCCGUCAUGGGCAUCAUCGGGGGAGCCCUGUACUCCUGUUACAACUAUUUCUAUGUCAUUUUGAAUGGAGGGGUUGGCAAAAAUGGCUCCACUGUGGCUGACACCAGCGUGCUGAGUCCCGGUUUGCACAUCAGCCUCAUCCUUACACUGGCCUUCAUCAUUUUCAAGAAGUCAUCCAGCCACCUGUUUGAGCACCACCCCUGUUUGUACCUGCUCACCUUUGGAAUGGUUAUCGCCAAGAUUUCCAACAAGCUGGUGAUGGCACACAUGACCAAGAGUGAGUUAUACCUACCAGACCCAGCCUUUAUUGGGCCUGGCCUCCUAUUCCUCAACCAGUACUUUAACAGCUUCAUUGACGAACACAUAGUCCUCUGGAUCGCCAUGGUCCUCUCCAGUGUGGAUUUGAUACGCUACUGCACGGGCGUGUGCCUCCAGAUCGCCUCCCACCUGCGCAUCCACGUCUUUAGCAUCACAACGCCGAGCCAGCUGCACCGCGACUGACGGUUUGCCCGGCGGGAGGAGGCGGGAGGGGACGCAGAUCUCUUCCCGCUCCUGAAAGCAGACAGCGACCACGAUGACGAGGAGAAACCCUCGACCUCGAGCCACUGCAGCCUUGACAAAGUAACCACUUCAGAUUAAAACUCACACCUACUAAAAGGAAAGAUAAAACUACCGUGAUACAAAAAAGAAGG